GUUAAAUGUUCGUUGCAUUUGAGCAGCAUUUGAAACCAGGUGGACAUUAUUCGGGUUUUGUUCAUUUUAUCUCGCAUACAAAUCAACUUUGUUCUAUAGUAAAGUACAUUGAACCUGUUUUAUCUUUAAUAAUUUUAAUACAGUUGAAUAGAAUUUACAUUCUUUUAAACAAAUGUCGCAAUUCAAUAAAGAGAACCGCAAAGUCGUUCUGCAGCCAUGGGCAGUAAAUAAACCUUCCACUGCAAGUUCUAGUGCAUCAAAAACAGAUAAUACAGUCAGUAAUGGAGAUGGACGAAAUAUUGUUAAAACGAACUCGCAGAUAAGUUCUGGAUCAGAAGCAAAACAGUUGCAUCAGUUCAAAAUACCACCGCCGCCGUUAAAUUCCGUUAAAGGAACACAAAAAGUUCCCGUUAAGUCUCUUCUUAACCGAGCUAAGUUUUUUAAUCAGGAAUCGUUAGAAGAUGAAAAGAACCCGACACCACCACCGAAAGAUGAGCCACAAUUCAAAGUUCCAACAAUAGCUAUUAGUAAACCAAUAUCGGCACCACAAAGGGUCACUGCUGCCACAACACAAAAUGCAUCGUCUGCUGUGCAGCAUGCUACACAAGCGUCCUCAACAGCUUCCAAUUCCGGUAAAAAAAGUUGGACUCUAGCUAAUUUCGAUAUUGGACGGCCGCUAGGCAAAGGAAAAUUUGGAAACGUUUAUCAGGCUCGUGAAAAAGAAACUAGAUUUGUAAUUGCUCUUAAGGUGCUAUUUAAAAAACAGGUUCAUGCUCAAGGCAUCGAACAUCAGGUGCGACGAGAAAUCGAAAUCCAGUCUCACCUACGUCACAGAAAUAUUUUGCGAAUGUACGGAUAUUUCCAUGAUGAAACGCGAAUUUAUCUCAUAUUGGAAUACGCUCCCGGAGGAACACUGUUUAGUAAACUACAGACUAUUCCAGAUCACAAGUUUCCUGAAAAGCAAUGUGCAAUUUAUAUCAACAUGCUCGUUUCCGCACUCAUUUAUCUUCAUGAACGCAACGUUAUUCAUCGCGACAUAAAACCAGAGAAUUUACUACUGGGCCACGAAGGAGAACUGAAAAUGGCCGAUUUUGGAUGGUCUGUGCAUGAGCCAACAUCUACACGGACUACCUUAUGCGGCACAUUAGAUUAUCUGUCACCAGAAAUGGUUCAGGGACAGCCACAUACGAAGAAUGUCGAUCUCUGGAGCCUGGGAGUGCUAGCGUACGAACUGUUGGUCGGUCGAGCGCCAUUUCAUGCUGUCGAGUAUGACGCUACAUACACCAAAAUUAUGAAAGUGCGUUACGAAAUGCCUCCAGAAGUAUCCCGUUCUGCAUCGCAUCUUAUUUCUCGUUUGCUGGUAAGGAAUCCGGAGCAGCGUAUGCCUCUCGAGCAGGUCGCCAAACACCCUUGGAUUUUACUACAUGUUGACUCGAAAAAGUGACAAGGUAAAUAUGUUUUGUUGGACUCACGUGGUAUUAAAUUCUGUAUGUUCAGGCGUGGAUAGUCUUUUCUUAGUUCUAUUAAAAAAGCUACACCGAUUCAUAGACUUUAAGGACUGUACUCUUUUACUGUAGAAACGUUUAUGUGAGUUAGUAGAAUAAUCAUUCGCAUUUGAAAAGACAAUAAAAGUUACUUAAGAUU